AUGGCCGCUUCUCGCAUUUACGUUGCUUUUCCUCUUCAAUUCCUCAUUCUCGUGGCUGUAACACUCGGAGUGUCGGGUCCCCUUGUAGCGGGGACAAAUGCACCAGCAGACUUAUCAGCAGUGGAUGCGAAUUGGGAAUCUUCGCGUUCGCGCCUGUCCGUGGCGCACAGGAAGCUCGCCGCCGAGACUGGCGCCGAAACUUACGCCGGAACUUACGCCAUGAUAUCCGGCGCAACUCGCGCCGCGAAAUCCGGCCAGUCCGCCGCAGCAGCAAGAGCAGAGCACGGCUCGGAGGCAUCGAGUGAAACUGGCUCCGCAGCAAUUGGAUGGGAUCGGCGAAUCAUGGCGGAGGGGGAGGCGCGAAAGGAAACCGUUUCCCGGUGGUUCGGACUGAAGCGAGAGAGUGGCGGGGAGAAGGGGCGGACGGAGCAGGGCACGACGGGACUUGGGACAGGUGAAGGCGAGAGACAGGGAGUGAGGAUGGGAGUAAGGACGGGGAGGGGUAAUAAUUUGGACAAUGGAGCGACAGAGACGAGAACGAGAAUGGGGGAGAAAACGGAGGGAGACGCGGAGGAAGAUGAGGAGGAAGAGGAAGAGGAGGGGGAGGAGGGGCGGAAGGAGGGGGUUGGGAAUACGGCCAAAGGAGUGAGCAGCCUUGGGAGUAUCCGGGAAAGUGGUGGAGGAGUAAAAGCUGGAGGUGACAGUGUUGAAGCGGCCACAGCUGCUGGCACUGGUAGCUCUUUCUCUCCACUGCAAACUGCUGCUGGGAAUGCGGUGAAGAAAAGUGCAGAGGAGGAAGAGGAGGAAGCCGAGGAGGAGGAGGAGGAGGAGGAGGAGGAGGAGGAGGAGGAGGAGGAGGAGGAGGAGGAGGAGGAGGAGGAGGAGGAGGAGGAGGAGGAGGAGGAGGAGGAGGAGGAGGAGGAGGAGGGAAGAGGAUGCAGGGGAAAAGACGUCGCAGGCAAAGCAAGGAGCCACAGCGCGAGCCACGGCCAUCACCUCAACUGGAACUGA